AGAGGGAAAACUUCCUCGCACUGUCUGGGAGAGAGGAGGAGUGACUGCAAGUGUUGCUAGGAGGGGGCAGUGUGUGCUGGGCUUAUGUGCUACGGAAAUCAGCAUGCACAAGAUUUGCCUGAAGAGCUUGCACUCUAACUACAGCUAAUAGCAGCAUCACAGCGCCAAUAUUUGUUCAGAAGGUCUCCCAGCUGUCUCCACCAUGUCGGUGUCCUUCAAGGAGUUGGUGAACUUGGCCAUAGGUUCCCCAGAACCAGGCGCUGUCAACUUUAACGCUCUUCACUCCUUGCUCCAUGGACUCCUGGAACACCUGCAACUGGGGGACAUCCAGAGGAAGCUGUCCCAGGAGGAGCGAGAAUUCAUACAGCCGGGGCUGGUCAGUGCCCACGACUCUGCCAAGCCACCUACUCUCUUCCACCAGCUGCAGGACAGAGUCGCCCAGAUGGAGACCAGGCUCCAUCACCUGGAUUCCCUGCCCAGCUCCACCAGCCUCCUGCAUGCCAGCCAUGCGCAGAAUAAGCCCAUAGAGGAGAUGUGGCAGCUGAUGCAGCUGAAGAAGAAGGUGGAGGCGAGCGAAGAUGGAGUCAGCAAGGUCAUGAGCGCCUUCCAGGAGCUGCUGAGCACUUUCAACAGCCUCAGGCAAGCCAACCAGCUGAUUGAGGAUAGGCUGGGUUCCCUCAGUGACCUGGUGGCUAAGAUGAACAUCCAGCAGGUUGAGAGGAGGCUGCAAGACCUGGAAGGUCAGACCCAGAAUAUCCCCACGCUGGCAGAAAAGCUGGACAAGCUGCAGAGUAAGCUGUACUCCUUUCCUGAACCGUCUGACCUGGUGUCCUGGCCCGCGCUACAUGACGCUCUGACGGACAAGAGCUCAGACUGGGCGCUCAGCCAUGACACCAAGCAGCAGAACGUGAAGAAGGUUCUGUCCGGCCUGGGGACACUUUCCGGCAGACACGGAGAGCUGGAGCGCCGUGUUCAGGGCAUCGAGGAGGAGCUGAGGCGGAUAGACCUGGAGAUGGGAAAAAUAGGGAUCCCGGAGGAUCUUCUGCAGCAGCUGCGGGCCCUGCACCAGGAUGUGGAGAAGCUUUACACCAAUAAUAAGAAGAACAAGACGGACAUGGACGCCCUCCAGGGCAGGCUUCAUGAUCUGACGCUGGCACUACAACGGCUGGACACGAAAACCGAUAAGCUAGCGGCAGAUUUGUCAGAGACCGCGACACUUCAAAGCCAGAUUGAUGAGCUGGAGAGGAAGAAGCUGAACAGCGAGGAGUUAAUGCUGGAACUGAAUUUGAAAGCUGACAAACGGGCACUGGAAACCAAAGUGGGACAAGGUCAACUGGAAGCCGCCAUCGGUGAGGUCAACGCCGUUCUGGAGGAUCUAAUCAAGAAACUUUCCAUACAGGAGUCUGAGUGGCAAAACAUGUUGGCCAAGCUACUGGCUGGACUGGAGGGCAAGCUAAGUCCAUCGGACUUGGAAUCCAUACAGAGGGACCUGGAGGAGCUGUGGAGGUUCCUUAAGAAGCAUCUCAGCACUACACAAAGCUACGAUCUGGACGGGGCUGCCGGCUUCAGGAAGAAGCUGUUUGAGAGAGUCAAGUGCAUCUCUUGUGAUCGGCCUGUAACCAUGGCAACGGCACCGCACCUGGUUACUGUGCGCUCAGCUCCUCUGAUCCCCCGAAACCGGCCAAACACUGCAGACUACAGCCGGAUCAAGAUCAGCGGGGAGCCCCAGGAGAUGACAGACCCAGAGUUCCAGUACACGGAACCCCCAAGACCCCAAACCUCCUGCUCGUACCACAGAAAGAUUCCCUCCCGCAGCCAUAACCUCACCACAGUCUUCCCAUACGGCGACCCGGGGCAAAUCCAAUACAAGAAUAGCGAGGUCGACUUGAUGGGGAUUGACGGUAUGUUGUAUAAAGGUCGGUUGGACAAGAGCUUCACCAAUCACAUUCCCGACAGGGAUCCACAAGGACUGAAGACCCCUCAGCAACCCUCCAGAGCGCGUUCUGCUAGUUCAAACUACAGGAGCUCGAUCAACCUUAACACACGAACGCCAAGUCACCUCAUAAAGACGCCUGGCAGCACCCUGAACGUGCCAUCCACCACCGAACUAUCACAGCCCACGUUUCACGUGCCAUCCGCCUCAGAGCCUGCAAUCUUACUGCAACGGCCACUCAGCAGUGUAGAGCAACGGCCUGAUUAAUGAGGGUUCAGAGCCCAAGGAAGGAAACCACCACACUCAGCACUUUGCCCACUGUGACCUCUUCUGGGUGCUCUAUGCCCCGGUGACUUUCUAAUAUUGUAAGAUUUUAUUUUCUCCCACGCAUCAAAUAAAGCUGAAAUAUA